AUGUUCCCCAACCCCCCGCUCGCCAUAGGUCGCAAGCGCGUGUUCGACUCCGUCUUCCCGCCCUCGCCGCUGUGCUCCUCCACCUUCUCGUUCUCCUCGCUAUCACCCACUCUACAUAAUGAUGCCUCAAGCACUACUACCACCAGCGGCAGCAGUGACGAGAAUGGCGCCAAUAUCCUCGCCACCCCGCUCCGCGCCAUCAUGCAAUCCCCCCGCGCCCCGCUAGCUCCUCCUUCUCCAUCGUCGCCGUCGCCAUCAUCGGACGCCGAACGGACGCUGUUACAGCAGCAACAGCAGCAAGAAGCCGCGAAGUUGGCGGACGCGUGGCGCACGGCGACGCGGUUCCUGUCGUUUGCCGACGACCGGCUUGUUUUCGACGGGCGGGUGGACGCUGCUGACGACGAGAGCCUGCGGCGGCGGUGGUGGUGGUCGGGCGGCCAGAAGCGCGGGCGGGCGCUGCUGGCGCGCGAGGCGCUGGUGUGUGUGGUUGGGACGGCGUUGGGGGAGGAGCGGUUGCUGGAGUGGUAUAUGAAUGAGAUUCGAAGGCAUUUUCUGGCGAAUUUUCGGGAUGCGAUGGUGGAGGAGCUGAAGAGGAGAGGCCAGGAAGGCGUGCUGCCGCGGAUUAUCCGAUUUCUGAGGCUCGCGCACAGCGUGUAUUAUGCGCCCUUUGUCAAUCACGUUCUCCCCGCGUUGAAUUCUACCGCGCGCAGCGCCGCCUUCUCCAAGGUCCAGCAGUGUUUGGCCUCGAUUACAAUAUACUCCAUACCGCAUGCCGACUUCUCCUACCUACUAGCCGAAGAACUGGCCACUGAGAGCCUGAUUAUCCUGGCAAUCCACAAUGACAAUUCUGCCACGACCGACUGCCAGGCUGUCACGGACGGAAUGGAUGUCGACCAGUGCAAUUCGGUCUUCUACAAGGACUGGAAGCACGAGCCAUCGGCGGCGCGUCGAGCGAGCCUCAUGCAGGAAUACGACAGCCCACGGGUCACGGCGGCACGCGAGAGGCUCCUCGGCGUGCUGCAGGGCGUGCAGGAAGUUGGGCUGGGCGGGAACAGGGCCCAGAAGGUGUUUGCCGAAGUGAUGAAUAAUUUGAUCACGGAGUUUGUCGCGGCUGCAUAUGCGGGGGAGUGGGACUCGCGGUCUCUCGUGAUCGAGCACUUGCAGCAAUGGGUUGAGAAUAUCUUCGCGCGGCUGGUUGUUCAGGUCUUGCAUAUAUUCAGGCCCGCAGGUGAUGAUAGUGGUGGUAAUGAUGAUGAGAAUAGCACGGAGCCUGAUGAUCUGGUCGUGGCGUUCAGCGACGUGGAGAAAUGGAAAGAAAUCGGCCUCGCUAGACUAGGGGCACUCCGGAUCAGUGAGCUAUUUGAAAUCAUUGUUGAAUGGGAGUCUAGUGCCGGUGCGAUUGAGGACCUCAAGCAUUACACAACAAACCCUUCUACACGUUUCUACCUCACCAGCUCAUUUUCAGCCACGCUUAUGAACCGGCUUCUCCACCCCGGCGCGUCGACGGUGGAUAUCUUGCAGCUAUACAUAUCGAUAAUCCGCGCCUUCACGCAGCUCGACCCUAAAGGCGUGCUUCUCGACCGAGUCGCACGUCCAAUCCGCAGGUAUCUUCGAGAACGUGAGGACACGGUGAAGGUUAUUGUGAGCGGGCUCUUGACAAACACCGUCGGCCCCGACGGGCAGCCGGUGGAGAGCGCUCCUGAUAGCCUGGGCGAGCUGUCUGUGGAGCUCUCCAAGGCGCAACAGCUCAGUCUCCCGGACGACAGCGGUGAACUAGACUGGGACGAUAUGAACUGGGCGCCCGACCCCGCAGAUGCCGCGCCGGACUACAAGCGGUCGCGGCACUUUGACAUCAUCGGCAGCUUGGUCAGUCUCUUCGAGUCCAAGGAUGUGUUUGUCACGGAACUGCAGCAGGUGCUGGGCGAUCGCUUGAUCCAGAAGAAAAAGGACUACGACCUGGAGAUAUCUGUUUUGGAGCUGCUGAAGCUGCGGUUCGGGGAGUCGUCGCUGCAUGCGUGCGACGUGAUGAUGCGGGACGUGGUUGAUUCCAAGCGCGUCGACACGGUGAUUCGCGCGGACCAGCGGCUGGAGUGUCGAGAAGAGCAUACGUCUUCCCUCGACCGGUCUCUGGUGGACGACCGCGACGACGACGUGCCCGAGAUCCACGCUAAAAUCCUUUCCCGGCUCUUCUGGCCAUCGCUGCCAGACGACAAGUUCCGGGUGCCCGACGAGAUCGCGGCGCUGCAAGGCCGAUACUCGGCUGGGUUCGAAACGCUGAAGCCGUCGCGCAAGCUGACCUGGCUGAACGGGCUGGGCACGGUCACGGUGGAGCUGGACCUGGAGGACCGGGUGUUCCGCGACGAGGUGACGCCGCUGCAGGCCAGCGUGAUCUACGCCUUCCAGGGUGGUCCCGACUCGUCGGGCUCUUCCCCGGUCACGAAGUCGAUAGGCGCACUCGCGACGCAGCUGGAGACGUCGGCGGCGCUGGUGCGCAGCGCAUGCCUGUUCUGGGCUGGCAAGCGUAUCCUGGUCGAAACGGCGGGGGGCACGUUCGGCGUGCUGGAACGGCUGCCGGACGAGGAUGAUCAUGAUCGUGGCGGCGGCGGCGGCGGCGGUGAGGAGGCGGCCGACAGCGGCGCAGGUAGCGCGGCGAUGGUCAGCUCGGCGGCAGAAGCCGAGGCGGCGCGGGCGGCGGAGGCGGAGGCGAAGAUGAAUGUGUACUGGCAGUUCAUCGUGGGGAUGCUGACGAACCAGGGCGCGAUGCCGCUGGGGCGCAUCAUCAUGAUGCUGAAGAUGGUGGUGCCGGGCGGGAUCCCGUUUGGCAGCGAGGAGCUCAAGGAGUUUCUGGGGCAGCGGGUGGCACAGGGCCGGCUGCGGAUGGUGGGCGGUGGGAAUUACAAGCUUGUUGUGUAG